AUGUUUGAAGUGAUAGUGACUGCAUUUGAAGCGAUUGAUGGAGUCCUCCCUUUCCAAGUUCGGCGCAAACUGUUUCUGGUGACCAGGGGUUUAGUGAAUCUUCAGGCAACUUAUCAAUCGUUCGUGUCGUGUGAAAACGUGGCACAAAGGGAUCGCAGAGAACAGAAGUAUCACAACAUGAUAGUCGAGACGACGGCACACGUAGUGCGAGCCCUUCCGCACCUUCCGGUUGACCAUCCGGUGGACGGAAAUGUGAGACAAUUGAAUGUGUGGAACGAAUACAAACAGCGAUCUGAAGAAUACUUUUAUAACAUGUAA